AUGAGUGGUUCAGAUAGAGAUAAAUCAUCUUCAGGUAGCCAAACACAAAACUGUGCUAAAUGCUUGAAUCAUGGCAAAGCAAUUCCUGUACGAAAUCACUACUGUCCAUUUAAAUAUUGCCUUUGCGAUAAAUGCGUAAUUUUGUCAAGACAAGCCAGGAGGGAAUCUUCAAGAGAUCCUGUUGUCCAAUACAGAGACGAGCAAAUAAUGGUUGAACCAAUGUUUGAUAGCUCUGACGAAGUACCUGUCGCUGAAUUUGCAGGAUUACAGCAAAUUCUAGAAGAUCAGAAGAAAGAAGACGUGAUUUUCUUGAAGUGGAGAACAGGCAGAAGCCAGUUCUGUCAGUUUCCGCUCAACGAACACGAGAAACACAAUAAUGCCACGAGAUGUACAGCAGAUGAUGAAUAUCUUUCCUAA